GAGGUUUGCGAAGUGUGCGUCGUGACUGGUUCCGGAGGAGACGACGUCUCCGUCGUCGAGGUGGAAGACGUGGAAGUGGUGGAGGACGAUUCGCGGCUACUAGAGCUGGUGGUGGUCGAGGUCUGCGAAGGCGACGAAGUCUCGGAGGUGACGGUGUUGGACGGUGCAGCAGAGGUAGGAGCGGCCGAUGCGGUCGUAGGCGGCAGGAGAUCCAUGGUGCUGAUGUCCUUCUCAUCAACUUUGUCUACGCCGGCCAUGGUCGCAGAGGCGAGACAAAGGCCUAGCAGCAAGAACGUUGACCGCAUUUUGGCUGACGAAUGGAGCGAUCAACCCGGGCCAGCAGAUCUGUACAGGGGCCGGGCGACCGGCAGGAAGCAAAGACUGGACUGCGAACGAU